CAUCUCUUUCAGGUACUCAGAUUUAUAUGCUCCUGGUAAACUCUCUGGGCUUUGGCUUUGAUGAAUUCUACAGAAUCCGGUCAUAUUUUAAGAUAUUCGACGAAUCAGAAGUUGCCCAGGAAAAAAAUUCACAAAAUACAAUAUCUGUCCUUGGCAAAAUCAGUUUUAAUUCUGAGUAGGCCAGUUAACUUUGCUUUACUUACCAAGGAAGGAAGAGCUAGAGGCUCCUGGGACCAGAGUUUUGAGAUAUUCAGUGAAAAAGGAGGAAUCUUUCAAUCAAGUGCGUGAGCUCUUUGGUGGGAUUUAAGUGACAAUUUUGUCUGUAGUUCUUCCGGGGUUGUGUAUUGAGACAUUUCAAUUGUGCAAAUUGUUAGAGUAAAAGCUGUAUGUUCGGUGUCGUUUUGAGGAUCUAAACUGGGGCUUUCUUGGCAUUGGGGGUUGUUGGUACUGAGGGAGAAUUGGUAUUGAUUUUGUGAUUAGAGGAGUGUAGUUGGUCCAGUGUUGUUUGAUUUUAUUGAGCUAUGGAUGAAGGUAAUACGAAUUCGGGGAUGACGGAGACCGAUGUUAAAGCUAUGAGAGAGACCCUGUGUGCUCAGCAGCAGCUUCUGCAGAAUCUUUAUGCUGAGUUGGAUGUGGAAAGGGAAGCUUCAAGUACGGCUGUUAGUGAAGCAUUGUCAAUGAUUUUGCGUUUGCAAGAAGAGAAGUCAGCGAUUGUGAUGGAAGCGAGUCAGUAUAAGAGAAUGUCGGAGGCAAAAAUAUGUCAUGUAGAGGAGUAUUUAGCAAUUUUUGAAGAUAUCCUCUAUCAGAAAGAGAUGGAAAUUGCUGCUCUUGAGUUCCAAAUUCAGGCUUAUAAGUACAGGCUUUUAAGCUUGGGUUAUACUGAAUUGGAUGUCAGUGAAAGUAGAUUUUCGGAGAAUCCAUAUAUGCAAAAGAAUGACACAUCCAUUGGAGAAAGUGGUGCUAAAGAAGGUGUGAGGAGAUUAAAUUCUAUGCCUCCUCUUCGACUUCAAGAUAUCUAUCAAACCAAAAGUACUAUUGUAAGGGAAAAAUCAUUGACCCCAAAACCAGAAAUGAUUUCGCCUUUAGUAGAUGAAAAACCAUGUCAGGAUUUUAUAGAGAAUGGCCUGCAGUCAACUAAGAAUUCAAGCAAGCCAAUAGUUGGAGAAUUUAAUACGUAUUGGGAGCAAAUAAAAAAAUUUGAUGAGAAAGUAAAGGAAUUUGCAGAUUAUAAAGACACAGGUGGAUAUAAGUCUGCAAGCUUAAAGACUGAGGCUAGAACCUCUACUUUACUUUCACAACUAAGCAAUGACAUAUCCUCGGACCUAAGAAGAUGCAAAACCAACACUAAUUUUGACAAAUUAAAAGAAUGCAAAACUCUGGUGGAAAGAGAACAAGUUUUAAAUUCUUCUUGUUCAUCAAGUGUCUAUGACAUAUUUGAAGUCCCGAAAGUUAGUGAGCGUCGCAAAAGUUACGAAAAGGAGGAGAAGGGAAAGAAUAAGCAGAUUUGGGGAGGAGAGAACAAACUUUGGAAGCCGGAUCUGGUUGCGGAUGUAACUUUGGAUUCUCAUGUUAAGGAUGAAACAGAAAGGGUUAAGACAGUUUUGUAUGGAACAAAGCCGGAGAAGAGAUUGCCGAUUUCGAAGGAAGUAAGAAAUGCUGAUUUCAAGCUACCUCUUGCUCCCCAUAAAAUUAGUCAGGCUGAAACCCAUGUUGACAUUCACUCUGAAAUUCAACAGCUAAGUCAAAGAGUUGAGCAGCUUGAGCGAGUGAGACAUAGUGCAAGGAAUGAAACUGUUACAGAAAGAGAAGGUGAAUUGAAUUUAUUGAAGGAGAUACGUAAGCAACUCAAUCUAGUACAGUCUGAGAUGCAAAGUUGGAGGACUAAGAACUCCUGUCCAGUUGAUGAACCAUCCCUUCUUCCUCUGCAAGAGGCAAUGCUACACUUUUGGCUUUAAUCAAGCAACUGAAUCUAUUCUUCCUCAUACAACAUCCUUGAACAUUCAUCUAUUGCCAGCCUUGACAUAAGCGAGUGUGUGAAAAAACUUAUUUUUUCAUUGAAUUUGGUGGAAAUAUAGACAGACAUGAAUUUGGCCUGAUUUCAAUUUUGUACUUGCAUCUUUGCUUUGUAUAAUGUAAAUGGUGUAGCAGUUGCAUAUGUACCCUUCUAAUAUCAGUAUAGGAAGUGCGCUUUUUAGGAAUGUUUAACUUGUAUUUUUUUCUUCAGAAUUGACAGAGAGAUUGUAAGUUAUAUACAAAUUUCAAUAAAAUGAUAGUGCUUUGUUUUGUGAA